AUGACCAUUUUCACAGCUGGAAAAGCUCCUCCUGAGCUUUGUCACUAUAGGGAGCCACUUUCAUCAGACCCAGUGGCUUUGGGUCGCAAUCAGCCCCUGAAAAAGGAGAAACCAAAAUGGAAAAGUGAUUAUCCAAUGACAGAUGGACAGUUACGUAGUAAGAGAGAUGAAUUUUGGGACACAGCACCUGCUUUUGAAGGUCGGAAGGAGAUUUGGGAUGCCCUCAAGGCUGCAGCACAUGCUUUUGAAAGCAAUGAUCAUGAACUUGCUCAGGCAAUCAUUGAUGGUGCAAGUAUAACGCUACCACAUGGAGUCCUUACAGAAUGUUAUGAUGAACUUGGGAAUAGGUAUCAACUUCCAGUUUAUUGCCUUGCACCUCCAAUCAACAUGAUUGAAGAGAAGAGUGACUUGGAGACUCUAGACAUCCCAGAACCAUCACCAAAUUCUGGACAAGAAUGUCAGCUGCGGCUGCGGCUCUCCACAGGCAAAGACCUGAAGCUUGUUGUCCGCAGUACAGAUACAGUCUAUCAUAUGAAACGACGUUUGCACACAGCAGAGGGAGUAGAGCCCCCCAGCCAGAGAUGGUUCUUUUCUGGGCGACCGCUGACAGACAAAAUGAAAUUGGAGGAGCUGAAAAUCCCCAAGGACUAUGUGGUGCAGGUCAUCAUCAGCCAACCCUUGCAGACUCCUACCCCUGUGGAAAAUUGA